CACACACCAACUUUCCUUUUGAGUACUUCAUUACUAUUAUCACCACUCUUUCUUAAGAACAGCCUAAUUGCAUUUUCAAACUCAUCAUGGCAGCUUUUUCAUAUCAAUACCAUCCUUUCCUUGUUGACUCAUCAUUCAUGCUCAACAUGAACACUGCUUCUCCUCCUCCACCUUCACAGUUUCACCCUCUUCAUCAAGAUAUUAUUAACUGUGUUGAUCAACAAAGCUCCAAAGUUACUACUACCAUAACUGAGAAUGAACCUUCUUCUCUUACCAAAAACCUUAGUCCACAGUCUUCCAUGGUUCUGGACAAGCUUGAAAAUGGUGAUGAGCAGGUUACUCAGAAAAAUAGUCCUACGGAGAAGAAGAGGAGAACCAGAAACAAUACUAACCCUCAAUCUCAUGAUAAUGCAGCAGAAGGGAAAAACAAGAAACAGAAGAAAAACAAAGAAGAUGAGAAGGCAAAAGCAGAGAAAAAAGAUCAGAGAAAGUGUUUGGAUGAGCCCCCAACUGGCUAUAUCCACGUCCGAGCAAGAAGGGGUCAGGCCACUGAUAGCCACAGCCUUGCUGAAAGGGUAAGAAGAGAGAAAAUAAGUGAAAGGAUGAAGAAGUUGCAGCAACUUGUGCCAGGCUGUGAUAAGGUAACUGGAAAGGCUCUUAUGUUAGAUGAAAUAAUCAAUUAUGUUCAGUCUUUACAGAAUCAAGUGGAGUUCUUGUCAAUGAAACUUACUUCUGUGAACCCUAUGUUCUAUGACAUGGCAACAGACCUAGACACUCUUUUGGUUAGACAAGAGAAAUUAAAUAACUUGGCAUCACCAUCAACAUUAUCAUCUGUGUCACAUUGCAAUAGUCCUAAACAAGGCACAACUUUUGCUGAUACAACAACCAUGACUCCAACCAACAUCUUCCAAGCUGCUAAUGACUACCUUUUGGAUACUUCAGCUUCAAUUUUUCUACAAGGGCAAAGGUCAUCAAAUGUUGUCUCUGAGGAUGCUAGUCAUUUUUGGGAGGUAGAAGAUCAGAGACAAAAGUUUCUUCAUUCACAUGGAUUCAACAGCAACUUAUGUUCCUUUCAUUAAUUUAAAAUUCACAGAGGUGCAUGCCCUACAAAACUACCAACAUGUUUGAUUUUUAGCUUUUUUACAUUAGGUAAGGAAAUUCCAAAAAGUAACACAAGAGUUGAACCAGAAAGAAGUUACUCCUAUGAAUUAACACUUGGUAUCAAUCAAUAUGAUCAAAAUGAAUGGAUGGAGAACUGAAAAUGACAGAAAAUGCAGACCAAAUAUAAGACCAUAUCUUUUCUAGAUCCGUUGUUCCGUUUCAGUUAUUUUUGACUCUUAUGUUGCACAAAUUCCGAGAGACUAGUAUUGAUCCUAGCUAAGUAGACAUUGAAAUUUAUGUCACUGUAAAUUAUUGAAGUAGUGAUUGUUUCUUGUGGUGGCAGUUAUUCUGUUGGUACAGUUAUUUAAUUUUACUAUCAUUAUUGAGAAAUGAGAGGUUGAAUUCAUUAUUGGCUACAAGGCCAUGCAUUUGUUGGUCUAGGCCUAGCUAGAUUUAUGUAUAUGAAUGAUCUGCAGAAUCUACUGAGUUUUGGCAUCAUUAUACUGUA